CCGAGCGCUGGGCUGAGGAGCAGAGAGAGCGGGGCGCGGAGUGCGGGCGGCUGGGAGCGCGCUGAGCGGGGGAGAGGCGCUGCCGCACGGCCGGCCACAGGACCACCUCCCCGGAGAAUAGGGCCUCUUUAUGGCAUGUGGCUGGUAACUUUCCUCCUGCUCCUGGACUCUUUACACAAAGCCCGCCCUGAAGAUGUCGGCACCAGUCUCUACUUUGUAAAUGAUUCCUUGCAGCAGGUGACCUUCUCCAGCUCCGUGGGGGUGGUGGUGCCCUGCCCAGCCGCGGGCUCCCCCAGUGCGGCCCUUCGAUGGUACCUGGCCACAGGGGACGACAUCUACGACGUGCCACACAUCCGGCACGUGCAUGCCAACGGGACGCUGCAGCUCUACCCCUUCUCCCCCUCCGCCUUCAAUAGCUUUAUCCACGACAAUGACUACUUCUGCACCGCGGAGAAUGCCGCCGGCAAGAUCCGGAGCCCCAACAUCCGCGUCAAAGCAGUUUUCAGGGAACCCUACACCGUCAGGGUGGAGGAUCAAAGGUCAAUGCGUGGAAACGUGGCCGUCUUCAAGUGCCUCAUCCCCUCUUCAGUGCAGGAAUACGUUAGCGUUGUGUCUUGGGAGAAAGACACAGUUUCCAUCAUCCCAGAAAACAGAUUUUUUAUUACUCACCACGGCGGGCUGUACAUCUCGGACGUGCAAAAAGAGGACGCCCUGUCCACCUACCGCUGCAUCACCAAGCACAAGUACAGCGGGGAGACGCGGCAGAGCAACGGGGCCCGCCUCUCCGUGACAGACCCUGCCGAGUCUAUCCCCACCAUCCUGGAUGGCUUCCACUCCCAGGAAGUGUGGGCUGGCCGCACGGUGGAGCUGCCCUGCACCGCCUCUGGCUACCCCAUCCCUGCCAUUCGCUGGCUCAAGGACGGCCGGCCCCUCCCCGCCGAUAGCCGCUGGACCAAACGCAUUACAGGGCUGACCAUCAGUGACCUGCGGACCGAGGACAGCGGUACCUAUAUAUGUGAAGUCACCAACACCUUCGGUUCAGCAGAGGCCACAGGCCUCCUCACAGUCGUCGAACCCCUUCAUGUGACCCUGACACCAAAGAAGCUGAAGACCGGCAUCGGCAGCACGGUCAUCCUCUCCUGUGCCCUGACGGGGUCCCCGGAGUUCACCAUCCGCUGGUACCGCAACACCGAGCUGGUGCUGCCCGACGAGGCCAUCUCCAUCCGCGGGCUCAAUAACGAGACUCUGCUCAUCACCUCGGCCCAGAAGAGCCAUUCCGGGGCCUAUCAGUGCUUCGCCACGCGCAAGGCCCAGACCGCACAGGACUUCGCCAUCAUCGUGCUGGAGGACGGCACACCCCGCAUCGCCUCGUCCUUCAGCGAGAAGGUGGUCAACCCCGGGGAGCGGUUCUCACUGAUGUGUGCAGCUAAGGGCGCCCCGCCCCCCACGGUCACCUGGGCCCUGGACGACGAGCCCAUCGUGCGGGAUGGAAGCCACCGCACCAACCAGUACACCAUGUCCGAUGGCACCACCAUCAGCCACAUGAACGUCACAGGCCCCCAGAUCCGCGACGGGGGCGUGUACCGGUGCACGGCUCGGAACUCGGUGGGCAGUGCUGAAUAUCAGGCGCGAAUAAACGUAAGAGGACCCCCCAGCAUCCGGGCAAUGAAGAACAUCACAGCAGUCGCCGGGCGGGAUACCCUCAUCAACUGCAGGGUCAUCGGUUACCCCUACUACUCCAUCAAGUGGUACAAAGAUGCCCUGCUGCUACCGGACAACCACCGCCAGGUGGUAUUUGAGAACGGGACCCUCAAGCUGACUGACGUGCAGAAGGGAAUGGACGAAGGGGAGUACCUGUGCAGUGUCCUCAUCCAGCCCCAGCUGUCCAUCAGCCAGAGUGUCCACGUGGCCGUCAAAGUGCCCCCUCUGAUCCAGCCCUUCGAGUUCCCACCGGCCUCCAUCGGUCAGCUGCUCUACAUCCCCUGUGUGGUGUCCUCGGGGGACAUGCCCAUCCGCAUCACCUGGAGGAAGGACGGACAGGUGAUCAUCUCAGGCUCGGGCGUGACCAUUGAGAGCAAGGAGUUCAUGAGCUCCCUGCAGAUCUCCAGUGUCUCCCUCAAGCACAACGGCAACUACACGUGCAUCGCCAGCAACGCGGCAGCCACCGUGAGCAGGGAGCGCCAGCUCAUCGUGCGUGUGCCCCCUCGAUUUGUGGUGCAGCCCAACAACCAGGAUGGCAUCUAUGGCAAAGCUGGUGUGCUCAACUGCUCGGUGGACGGCUACCCACCACCCAAGGUCAUGUGGAAGCAUGCCAAGGGGAGUGGGAACCCCCAGCAGUACCACCCAGUGCCCCUCACCGGCCGCAUCCAGAUCCUGCCCAACAGCUCCCUGCUGAUCCGCCACGUCCUAGAAGAGGACAUCGGUUACUACCUCUGCCAGGCCAGCAACGGCGUGGGCACCGACAUCAGCAAGUCCAUGUUCCUCACUGUCAAGAUCCCAGCCAUGAUCACCUCCCACCCCAACACCACCAUCGCCAUCAAGGGCCACUCCAAGGAGCUGAACUGCACGGCGCGUGGCGAGCGGCCAAUCAUCAUCCGCUGGGAGAAAGGGGACACUGUCAUUGACCCCGACAGAGUCAUGCGCUAUGCCAUAGCCACCAAGGACAAUGGCGAUGAGGUUGUCUCCACAUUGAAGCUCAAGCCAGCUGACCGUGGGGACUCUGUGUUCUUCAGUUGCCACGCCAUCAACUCGUACGGGGAGGACAGGGGCUUGAUCCAGCUCACCGUGCAAGAGCCCCCUGACCCCCCUGAGCUGGAGAUCCGGGAGGUAAAGGCCCGGAGCAUGAACCUGCGAUGGACCCAGCGAUUCGAUGGGAACAGCAUCAUUACAGGCUUUGACAUUGAAUACAAGAACAAAUCAGAUUCCUGGGACUUCAAGCAGUCGACGCGCAAUAUCUCCCCCACCAUCAAUCAGGCCAACAUCGUGGACCUGCACCCAGCGUCCGUGUACAGCAUUCGCAUGUACUCCUUCAACAAGAUCGGCCGCAGCGAGCCAAGCAAGGAGCUCACCGUCAGCACCGAGGAGGCUGCUCCUGAUGGCCCCCCCAUGGAUGUCACCUUGCAGCCAGUGACCUCACAGAGCAUCCAAGUGACCUGGAAGGCACCCAAGAAGGAGCUGCAGAAUGGUGUCAUCCGGGGCUACCAGAUCGGCUACAGAGAGAACAGCCCUGGCAGCAACGGGCAGUACAGCAUCGUGGAGAUGAAGGCCACAGGCGACAGCGAGGUCUACACCCUAGACAACCUCAAGAAGUUCGCCCAGUAUGGGGUGGUGGUCCAGGCCUUCAACCGGGCCGGCACGGGGCCCUCUUCCAGCGAGAUCAAUGCCACCACCCUGGAGGAUGUGCCCAGCCAGCCCCCGGAGAAUGUCCGGGCCCUGUCCAUCACCUCUGACGUGGCUGUCAUCUCCUGGUCAGAGCCCCCACGCAGCACCCUCAACGGUGUCCUCAAAGGCUAUCGGGUCAUCUUCUGGUCACUCUAUGUUGAUGGAGAGUGGGGCGAGAUGCAGAACAUCACCACGACGCGGGAACGGGUGGAGCUACGAGGCAUGGAGAAGUUCACCAAUUACAGCGUCCAGGUGCUGGCCUACACGCAAGCUGGGGACGGUGUGCGCAGCAGCGUGCUCUACAUCCAGACUAAGGAAGACGUUCCAGGUCCCCCAGCUGGCAUCAAAGCUGUCCCUUCAUCGGCUAGCAGUGUGGUUGUUUCUUGGCUCCCUCCAACCAAGCCCAAUGGCGUGAUCCGCAAGUACACCAUCUUCUGCUCCAGCCCGGGGUCUGGUCAGCCGGCUCCCAGUGAGUACGAGACAAGCCCAGAGCAGCUCUUCUACCGCAUCGCCCACCUGAACCGUGGGCAGCAGUACCUGCUGUGGGUGGCUGCUGUCACCUCCGCCGGCAGGGGAAACAGCAGCGAGAAGGUCACCAUCGAGCCUGCUGGCAAGGCCCCAGCAAAGAUCAUCUCAUUUGGGGGCACCGUGACGACACCCUGGAUGAGAGAUGUCCGGCUGCCUUGCAAUUCAGUGGGAGAUCCAGCCCCCGCUGUGAAGUGGACCAAAGACAGUGAAGACUCGGCCAUCCCCGUGUCCAUGGACGGGCACCGGCUCAUCCACACGAAUGGCACACUGCUGCUACGUGCUGUGAAGGCUGAGGACUCCGGCUAUUACACCUGCACGGCCACCAACACCGGUGGCUUUGAUACCAUCAUCGUCAACCUUCUGGUGCAAGUUCCCCCAGACCAGCCCCGCCUCACUGUCUCCAAAACCUCAGCUUCAUCCAUCACUCUGACCUGGAUUCCAGGUGACAAUGGGGGCAGCUCCAUCCGAGGCUUCGUGCUCCAGUACUCAGUGGACAACAGCGAGGAGUGGAAGGACGUGUUCAUCAGCUCCAGCGAGCGGUCCUUUAAGCUGGACAGCCUCAAGUGUGGCACAUGGUACAAGGUGAAGCUGGCGGCCAAGAACAGCGUGGGCUCUGGGCGCAUCAGCGAGAUCAUCGAGGCCAAGACCCAUGGGCGGGAGCCCUCCUUCAGCAAAGACCAACACCUCUUCACCCACAUCAAUUCCACGCAUGCUCGGCUUAACCUGCAGGGCUGGAACAACGGGGGCUGCCCCAUCACGGCCAUCGUACUGGAGUACCGGCCCAAAGGGACCUGGGCCUGGCAGGGCCUCCGGGCCAACAGCUCCACAGAGGUGUUUCUGACUGAACUGCGGGAGGCCACGUGGUACGAGCUGCGCAUGCGGGCUUGCAACAGUGCUGGCUGCGGCAACGAGACAGCCCAGUUUGCCACCCUGGACUACGAUGGCAGCACCAUCCCACCCAUCAAGUCCGCUCAAGGUGAAGGGGAUGAUGUGAAGAAGCUGUUCACCAUUGGCUGCCCAGUCAUCCUGGCCACACUGGGGGUGGCCCUGCUCUUCAUUGUACGCAAGAAGAGGAAGGAGAAGCGGCUGAAGCGGCUCCGAGGUGGGGGAGUUUCCUAUGGGCUUUCCAGAGAGGGUGUUGGCUCGGCCACAGUGGCCACCUUUCACAGCACCAUCUGGACAAGAGAGAAUGCCUGUGUCUCCUUGAAGGAAGAACUGCCACUCAAACUUCUGAAGCCUCCUUAGUUAUUCUUUGCUUUCUUCUCUAUAACCCCAGGACUUUGUGCCUGCAGUGCAGCAACCAGGGCACAAAUUGUUACACACUGGUGAAGUCAUUUGAGUUGUUAAAAUAUUUAAAGAUUUACAUGUUGGUUGGUAAAUGUGUAUCUCUAAGACCCCACUCAGUUCUGCCUGGGAAGUUUCCAUGACAUGUCAGGUGUUAAAUAAUUUGAGUAUUGGGUAUUUCCAGCAUUUAUUACCCCAGUCUGGAAAACAUGAGUCUCUAGUACCUCACAUUUAUCAGGGCCUAAUAUUGUGUCUAGCACCUACUCAUUGCUUGUCAUGAAUGUUCACUUACUCAUUUGAGAAACAUUUAUUGAGUCUACUGCCUCAUUGAUAACUGCCAGACAUUAGGGAUAUAGAGAUGAAUGAAGAAGGGACAGGUCAUGCCUUUAAAGAGUUCAGUCUCAUGUGAGAAACCAGGGGACAACAGUAGCACAGAAGAGGAAAUGACUGAUGUUCCCAGAGUGUUCAGGAAUUGGGUGGAUGGAUGAAUGGAUGACUAGAUGACUAGAAGGAUGAGUGGUUAGAUGGCUGGGUGGAUGGAUCAUAGGAUCCUUGAAUAAAUGAUUAAAUAGAUUGGGUGGAAGGAAGGAAGGAAGAAUGGAU